GCGAGCCUCUCGCAGCCUGAUGAGGCCCACGGCGGCAACUUUUGGCGCCACGUGACUUGUCCCGCCGCCGAGCGCACGGCCCGCUGCCUCCACUUGGCCUCGCGCGACAUCCUCGCCGCCUCGCUUCCGCUCCACCAUCACAUCGCUCAGCAGCGCCUCUUUGAUGCAGCGCACCGCCUCUCUCAUUCGCACCAGUCUCCGCACCUCCAGCCUCGCACCCCGUUCACAGGUCCGCAACAUGCACAUCCACCCCGUGCCCGUCCGCGACGACAACUACGCCUACAUCAUCCAGGAUGGCUCGCGCGGCGUCUUCGUCGACCCGUUCGACGUGCCGGCCGUGCAGGCUGCAGCGAAGAAGCACGGCGUCGAGCAGGUGAUGGGCUGCAUCACCACGCAUCACCACCAGGACCACUCGGGCGGCAACGACGACUUCGCCAAGGCAUACCCGGACGUGCCGAUCUGGGGCGGUUCGGACAAGUGUCCCGCCAUGACGAAGCAGGUCGGCGACAAGGAUGCCUUUGAGCUGUGGAGCGGCAGCAAGAUCGACGUCAAGUGCCACGCCACGCCCUGCCACACGCAGGACAGCGUCGCAUGGCACCUCACGGAUGCUGACGGAAAGAUGGGCGUCUUCACGGGCGACACCCUCUUCGUUGGAGGCUGCGGACGCUUCUUCGAGGGCACGCCGCAGGAGAUGCACCACGCGCUCAACAAGGUGCUCGCCUCGCUGCCCGACAAGACUGUGCUGUACUGCGGCCAUGAGUACACCAAGGGCAACAUUGCCUUCGGCGCAGCCAUCCUGCCCGAGCGGCCCGCCGUCAAGGAGCUGUUGCAGUUCGUGCGCGAGCGCAAGAACGGCGGCGUCACGACGGGCGCCUUCACCAUUGGCGACGAGAAGAAGCACAACGUCUUCAUGCUGGUGGACGACCCGGAGGUGAAGCGCGCCGCAGGACUCAAGGAGGACGCCGACGCCGUCGAGGUCAUGGGCCGGCUGCGCGAGAUGAAGAACGACGGCAAGAUCAGCGCCAAGGUCUAGCUUCACCUAGGCUGUACCGGCGCACGACUGCACACGGCUUCUUCACGCUUUUGGCAAUGCAACUCGAUGACGAUUACCCAGGUGACGCUCUCUUUCUCCCUACACACCCAGCGCCUUCUUGACUGCACCGAGCACAAGCGGCAGUACGACCUUCCGGCUGGCGCGAGCAUUGCCCUGACGCCAAAGCGUGACGCGCAGGCCG